AUGCUCUCGUUGCAGAUCGUCCUUGGGAUUCAUCUUGGGUUUUAUGUGAUGGUGAUGAGUUCGUUCCUGCUUGCACUUCGUUUUCGCGAUCCUGGGUACCUCACCUUCCACGGCAAGAUGGGCGACGAGACAGUUCCCCAGCUGCUGUUCCCUGAUCUGAACUUGAGCAGCAAAACGCAGCGAAGCCUGCUCUACGUGAUGAUCGUGUGCAUGCUGGCAAACUGGAUCGGUAGCUUUCAGGCUUUCUUGUCGGUGAACGCAGGCUAUCGUGCUGCAAUGCGGUCUCAGUGCAUGAUGGUUCAUGGCUUGCAGCCUCUUCUGAUGCUGGGGAAUGGCCAUUUGAAACUGAGGGAGGAGGGAGCUAGGUCAUGGACUGCCCUGCAUGGCACGUUUGCAAUGCUGUUUCUGAUGGCGCAGGGGACCUGA